AUGGAUCUCUCCCAACUCCGAGAGGCUAUGGCCUCCAAGUCCUACGACAGGAUCGCCGACAUCUGCGACGAUCUUAUGCUCCAGGCAGGUGCCCUAAAUCCUCUCCUCCCCCACCUCCUGCCUCUUUGCUUGGAAUCUCUUCCCGUCGUUCUUGAUCUCUGAGUUGGACUCUUCCUUUCCUCUUCCCCUUCAGAUCGCCUCUAGCCGAGGAGUGGAGUUCCUGGAGGAAUGGCCUUGUGCCGUCCAUCUUCUCGGGCAUAUUUACGUGAACGACCUGUGAGUUUUGCAUUCUAAUUCCUCUCUCUCGGUGGACAGUGUCUGAAUCCGUGUUUUUCGUCUCUUUUACUGUGUAUUUUUUCGGCAGAAAUAGCGCCAGGUUCCUGUGGAAAUCGCUGCCGCCCGGAGUUAAAGAGAGAAAUCCAGAGAUUAUGGCGGUCUGGAAAAUAGGGCAGUGCCUGUGGACCAGGGAUCGUGCUGGGGUUUAUGGCGCCAUUCGUGACUUUCGUUGGAGCCCUGAAAUUCUGGACUUCGUAAUGGCUUUCUCAGGCAAGAGAACGCUGGUUUUACUUUCUUCUUUCUAAUGUUUUUUAAAACGUCUUUCUCUCGUCGUAGUUCUUUGAAGUCGAAUGCUGAUGGGUUUCAUGUUCAUCUUCCUUCUUCCUGCUGUCUUCACCUAUUCUUUUUCUGACUGUUGAUUAUGCAGAAUUCGCAACUCGUUUUCAGUUGGGAAGUCUAUGAAUUAUAUAAUGAUUAAUUAUUAGCAUAUUUUUUACUAUUUCCUGUGGUGCGCCUCUGAGAUUUUCUUGGAAUUUGCUGAUUCAGCUGACUAGCUAAACUAUAUCAGUUUCAAUGGAUGUCACUAAAAAAUUGCUUAUCAGAAGGGUUAUAACGGAGGAAGAACAUAAAUGCAGAGCAAAAAGUUUCCUAACCAUUGAUUAUACUGAGAUAACCAUUUUUUUUGUGGCUAGUUUGCAUGACAUAUCAUGGAUCUUGAUUACAGUAUGUUUGUUUCGCUUUCUCUUAUAUAGUCAGCUGGUCUAUUGCCCUUAUUACCUUUCUAGCUUGAUAUGAGGGGCAAAAUAGAACAUCCUUUUUAGAAGUAAUUCGCAAGUGGGUCUUUAUGAUAGAAUGAUCAAAGAAAAAUUGUGAGAUUUUUCCAGUUUUCGACUGUAACUUGGUGCUUCAGGGUGGAAAAAAUCUACCUGAUUAUGGAUAACUAUUAAUUAAUCACUUAAUAAAUAGUUAGGUCAUGACUGGGGGACAUCUAUCGUAUGAUUCAGUUGACCCUCGGAAGGAAUGGAGAGCAGAAAAAAGGCCCUUCUUGGAUCAGAAACGAUUAACCUAGUGAAGGACAUGGGAAGCCUGAAACAAUGCAGGUGACAGGACCUGCGAAACUAAGCUGAAUGACACUUGGAUCUCAUACAAAAAUCCCUAAUUUGGUACAAUUUUUUGGCAUGUGCUGCAAAGACAAUAAAUUAAUUUUUGGAUAUCUCUGCCUAAUUUUUUCUCUUGAUAUGGUUAAAGCAGAACAAGCUUGUGGGUUUGUUCUUCAUCUGUCUGAUAUCUUCAGGUAUAGCUAUUUGCAUUGUGGAAAGAUCAUCCUCGUUGUGUAGGGUCAGAAGGUAUAUAUUAAUUAUAUCUUCUCCUUCCUGCCCAAUAUGUUGGAGGAAUCGAGGUGCAUAUCUCGAUUAUGAAAAUCAGUGGAACCCCUGCAGCGGUUCUUGAUCGCUUCCUUGCCUGCUUUGGACAUUUUAUCAUACCAUGAUCCUUGGGGUAUAUUCGGAUUUACUUUGUCAUGUGAUGCUACGUCUGGCAGGAGAUGAGUAUGAUGCUGUGCAUAUAUAUAUAUAUAUAUAUAUAUAUAUAUAUAUAUAUCGGUGAAUAAAUGACCGCAAUGUAAUGGUCUGGGUGCGAUGGAACUGCAGAGAUCUACCAACAGAGGAUGUUCCAGCUGCUGCUAUCUGCGUACUCGACGAUCACUACUGCCGACACAGCCCAGUUCAUGGGAAUGAGUGAGGAGGCGGCCGUAGACUGUGAGUAGAUCCCUCAUACUACGGUGACUACCUGAAGAACAUCAUAGAAUGGGACGAGGAUUGAUGCUUUCUCGCCCGCUAAAUUUCUCAAAUCUCUCUUUUUUUUUUCUACUUCUCUGGUCAUCAGGAAGCUUUCCAUUUUUGGUCUAAAUCUGCAGACGCUGUGCGCCAUGGAUGGGCCUUGGAUCCUGUCACGGGGAUGUUGACCGUCAGGAGGGAGUCAAUGGUCUCUAAGCAGAAGGUUGACCCGAGCAAGCUACAGCGGCUGACCGAGUUCGUCUUCCACCUGGAGCAUUGA